UCCUUUGUGACACAUUGUUAUAUUAAACAUAGCCAACAUCAUAAUUACAGGACCACCAUCAUAGAAUAUAGUAUUAAUUACUUGUUAAACUUGGGUUUAGGUGGCAUCCACACAGUUCCCAUUAUUUAACAACCUGAAACCAACAAAGAAAGAGCUUGUAAACAUCUUCAAAUCCAACAUCGUAAUCCAUUUGUUAAGAUUAAGAAGAACCUACCUCCAUGAAGUUGAAAACACAACCAUCCCAAACUGAUCACUCAUCUUCAAAAAAGAGAACCAUCAAUGACUCCUUUACGUUUCCAAACACACCGAAACAAGAAGAUUCCGACUUCGAAUUCGGGUCCCUAACCCCCGAUUCACCCUCCUGCACAACAUCACCAGCCGAUCAGCUUUUCUUCAAUGGCCGUCUCCAACCUCAUUCGUUCCCUCUCAACCAUGUCACCACCACUAGCCGAACCACCAGCAUCGGAAGCAAGGACUCGUUCCUUUCGUCCCGAAGCAAUAGUACCAACAGCAGUUGCAGUAGUGCUAGGACAAGCUCUAGUGACACCUCCGAACGGAAACUGUUUCACAAUAGGGUAAAGCUUUCUUCUAGAUCUGUUGCUCGUCCGGUUCAACAGUCAUAUGGGUGUUCACAGAGGUGGCAGUAUAUAAUGCCUGUGCCGGCGGGUUUGAACCGUGACGCAUCCAAGAGAAGAAAACAAAAGCGGGCGAAAAGGGAGGAGAAGAAGAAGAGGAAGAAGAGGGUGUCUUUACAGUUUGUUCGGAGAAUUUUCCGGUGGUUUUUCAUUGCUUGCAGACAAUGCCAUGCCAUGGAACCUUCCAAAACACGCAAUAAAGGGAUAAGUACAACAUAGUAGAGUAAUUAAUUGUUGUAUUACCGUGCUUAAUUUGUUAAAUGCUGCAACGGGAUUGCUUUCAUGGGAAAUGUUGUUGUGUUAGGUAAAAAAUAUUGUGGAUAGACAGUUUCUGAAAUCUGAAACUCUUGUUUUGUACUCGUUUUUGCUUACUUGAUCUUGUGCAUGUGGUUUUUUUUUGUGUGUGGUUCACACAAGGAAUUGGUUGUUUAUUUUGCUAUGGUGCAAAAUAAAUAGAAAUGGAUUUGGAUCUCCAUUGUGUUAUGACCAAAUUUAUUUUGGUGACUUACAAAUUUAUA